AAAGUAAUUUUUUGUUUUAGUUUGCUUUGCAUGUAUACAAUUCUCUUAUACUAGCUGGAAAAAAAUACAAUUUAAGACAUGCUGGCUGCUAUGCAAUGAAAGCUUUAAGGGUGGAAAAAUUUUAUGCAUUUUGGGGUCAAGAUUUAGAUACUUCGACUACACCCUUGGAAUGCGGUCGUUCAUGGAGAGUAAAAUUUGAUAAAGGCAUCAAUUUUAUUGGAAGAGAUGCAUUACUUCGUCAACGAGAAGAAGGUAUAAAACGAAUUUAUGUUCAGUUAUUAUUGAAUGAUCAUGAUCCUGAUAUAGAAUUGUGGUCAUGGGGAGGUGAACCAAUUUAUAGAAAUAAAAAAUAUGUUGGUGCAACUACAACAACUAGUUAUGGGUUUACAUUUAAAAAACAAGUUUGUCUAGGCUUCGUUCAAAAUAUAGAUAAUUUAGGUAACACUCAUCCAGUUACAAAUGAAUAUGUAAUGGCUGGUGAAUAUGAAGUUGAAAUUGCAGGAAUAAGGUACCCAGCCAAGGUUAAUAUAAAUAGUCCAAAUUUACCAACGAAAUAUCCAGAUAAGGAACGUGAAUCAUACUUUGCUACUAGAGAUAAAAUGGUAUCAGAGCCUCUAUUGCGACAUUAAUAAAGAUCUUCAUUGUGUCCAUUAUUUUCAUAAUACCCUAAAUUAUACAAAUAAUGUUCCCUAAAUAUUUUUCUGUAUUAAUAUAUAUUUCACAAGUAUUAUCAUAUAAUAUAGCUGUAUAAGCUGUAAUUUAAUAUUUGAUAUAUCCUUUUUUUAUGUUUGGGCUUUAUAUGUUCCACAAAUAAAAACUAUUCUAGUCAAAUUAUCAGUUAUUUUUCUUU